AUGAAUCUCUUUUCAAACAGAGAUGAAAGCGCCGGUCUUCUUGAGGCCGAGGAUUACGCCGCAAAAAGCCCGGAGAUAGAGAAGCAGUCAAGGUCACCCGCCAAUCGGCGCUCCAUACACUGCAUUUGCAUAUGGGUCUUGUUAUUCACCAACCUGGUGACUCUAGGAGUCGUUUUUCAACAAAACAGAUUGGCACCCAACAACCUGAUCGAGCAGCCUUCCCAUUUCGCCGGACUUCAGCGAACCCGCGAGGAACCAUUUGUCAUGCAGACCAAAUAUGCCUCGGAGAACGAAACUCUCCGCAACGAAUUGUGGUAUAACAUCAACAUCGAUGAUGGCAUGGUAGCACUUUCAGAUGAAUGGGCCGCCCAGCACGGCCUUCGUACGGCGCAGAGAUUCCCCUGGGAUAACAGCAAGGGCAUCUACCUGCUUCAUGGAUUCCACAAUCUACAUUGCUUGAAAAUCAUUUACAUCGCCUUGAAUGAGUACCGGUCUGAAGAGUCGCAAUCCCGCAACUGGCACCAUAUUGUCCAUUGCAUGGAUGCUCUGCGCAGACAGAUCUUGUGCGAUGCCGACGACACCCCGAGAGCCACUGAGAGACGCGCUGAGGUGGUGACUGGGGUGAAUCAACAUCGAAUGUGUCGGCAAUGGGAUGGGCUGGUGGAUUUUGCCAGACAAAAUACGGCAUGUUACAAGCGCCCCGAGAUGCCGGAUGUUAACCCGGUUUUGGACCGAUACAGGCAUUGCCCUCCUGGUAGUGGCUAUGUGACGACGGGAGAUUAUGUUCCUACUGAUGAAAUCGUGGUUGGUUUACCGGAGGAGUCCAUUGAAGAUUAA